AUGGGUAACGAGACGAGUCAGUCGGCGAAGCGCGUCAUCACUUACAACAACGGCGACAGGUACCACGGCGAGAGCAUCCAGAGGCUCAGACACGGAUACGGCAUCUACCAGUACCGGAUAGGAGACCGCUACGAAGGGUAGGCACAUACGGCCCCUCACAGUGGCAGAUCUGACAACCGCGCAUCUCUCAUCCUGUUUUCUCUCAGGGAGUGGUUUCGUGACCGCAAGCACGGGUACGGCACCUUCUUCCUUGCCAACGGCGACGUCUACUCGGGCCAGUGGAAUGAGGACCGCCGCCACGGUCGGGGCAUCAGCAUCCACGCCAACUGGGACAGAUACGAAGGCGAGUACCGGAAUGACCUGCGCUGCGGAUGGGGCAUGCUCGCCGAGCAGUCGGGCACCUUCUACGGCCAGUUCCGUGACAACGUCAAGCACGGACACGGCGUCCACCUCUCGGCAGCUGGCGACGUGUUCGGCGAGACGUGGCACUCGGGAGAGAGGAAGUCGCGCACACCGCUAGAGCAGAUGGUGCCCUUCCCUCCUCUCCCGUCAUCCGCCCACGCGGCCAAGGCCAAGGGAGCCGCAAUCUCAGGCACAGCGCCGUGCUCGCAGUCGUCAGGGCGGCUGAGUCCCUCUCAGCCCCAGAGCCAGUCAGCCGCGGCCACACUCCCGUCAUCCACGCUCAGGCGAGUCACGCCAUCCGCGUCGUCAUCGCGCCACCAGAAUGAUGCGGACGCCUCUCCCAGCGAGACGGUUGGCCAGCCACUGAAGCCGUCCGCUCACGACCAACUAGCAGAGGGAGAGAGGGAGGGCGAGGGGGGCGUGUCUGAGGCGUCGCCCGAUGAGAGGAAUGGAGUGGAUGGUUCGACCGGCGAGGAGCAGUCGGAGAGCGCUCCGAGCCCACCUAUGGAUGCCCGCGACACAGGCGCUCAGCCUGUUCCCCGGGAGCAGCAGGAGCGGGAGCAUGCGUCUGUGGCGUCGGUUGUGUCGACCACCGCAUCGUCACACACACAGCCGCACUCGUCAAGUGAGGAAGCACUGACGUCAAAUAAAACCGUUGUGUGUAUGGUCAAUACGUGGGUUCUCCGUGGUGUGUGUGUGUGUAUCUUUUUCGUGUCAGUUGUGUCGUGGACGGUUGGUGAGGUGUGUCGUUGGCUGAGCCUCCUCGGCCUCGGGCACCUCACAUCGCGAUUCAUCGAACACCACAUCACAGGACAGGGUCAGCUGCCAACCCCAUCGCAUCGACGCACGCAACCAUGUGCUGGAUGUUUCGCUCUCUGUCUGUUUGUGGGGUUCAUCAGAGUUGUUUGAUCUGACGGACAGCGAGUUGAUCGAGGAGCUGGGCAUCGACAAGCUCGCGCACCGACAGGUCGGUCGGUCAGACGUGCACACAGGAGAGGAGGGAUCAGCGUGUCAUCUCUCCUGUCGCUACCUGCUGCAUCAGAUCCUACUGCAAGCGUCGCAAAACCUCAUGCGCUACGAAGUCAAGCGACAAGCCAAGAAAAUCGCCGUAAGCUGCACACGCACACGGCAGCGCUUCGUCCAUAGGCAUACACACCUUAUCUCUUUGUGCUGGUGUGUGGGUCAGUGGACGGACAUCAUAGAGGACCGCGUUCUCCGGCCCUACAUCAUACCACAUGAGCAGCUCAAGAGACUCAAAAUGAUAGGAGAAGGAGGUACGCCAGCCACACAGCACUCCCCACAGAGUUGGAGAAAUGGUGUGUCUGUCUGUUUGUCAGGCUUCGGUCGUGUGUAUUUGGGUGAGUGGGCGGGGAAUGAGGUGGCGCUGAAGGAGUUCCGGCGCACCGGCAUCGAGGAGGCCCGGGUGCUGCGUGAGUUCGCCACUGAAGUUUCCACCCUCGCCCAGCUGCGCCACCCCAACAUCGCCCUGUUUAUGGGCAUCUGCGUCGAGGCCAAGUACCAGGUAGGUACCCCCAGCUGCUCACGAAGGAGUCACUCGGGUUGGUGGAUGUGUCUGGCAUGACGCUGUCUGUCGUGUCAGUGCAUAGUGAGUGAGUACGUUGGCAACGGUUCGCUGUUCGAUCUGCUGCAUCGCCGCCACCAGAAGCUCCAGCAGCUCUCGCUGCUACAGAUAUGCCAAGUGGGCGGGGCAAGGCAACCAGAUCAGAUCGUGCACACCUGACCUACAUCAAUAUCAUGUCUGUCUAUUUUGUGUGUGUGUGGUAUGUGGUGUGCAGGGCAUUUGCUCGGCCAUGGCGUAUCUGCACGGCCUCGGCAUCAUACACUGCGAGUAAGCGGCCCAGUCCGGACACAACAACGAUAGAUAGAUGACUCUCGGUGUAAUGUACAUAUGUGUGUGUGUCUGACACGUGUCUGUCUGCAGCCUGAAGAGCUCCAACAUACUGUUGGACUAUUCACUAAAUCCCAAGCUCUGCGAUUUCGGCCUCGCACUCAACCUGCUCAGGCAACGGGUAGGCACUCACACAAAGACACGAAUAUGAAAGCUCCCUCGGCUGUAUCGUGGCUGUGUGCGCACGUGCAGUCGUCGAAGCACCGUGGCCGUGUAGGGACGCCGCACUGGAUGGCACCCGAGGUGCUCCGUGGGGCGGAGUGCACACCAGCUGCCGAUGUCUACUCAUUUGGAAUUCUCCUAUGGUAUUCUAAUCCAAUUCACGAGUCCUUCUCUGCUGCACAUGCCUGACUGACAUCUGCGGGUGUGUGUGUGUGUCGGUGUAGGGAGAUGCUUGGCGUCAAGAUUCCCUACGUGGCUCUGUCAGUGCCGCAGAUCGUUGCUGCGGUGGGCUGGGGCAAGAAGACACCCGGCUCCCUACCAGACGCACCAAGUAAAUGCACACACUGCACUCCACUGCACUCCACUGCACUGGGGGCGGAGCGCCCUGCGAAUGAAUGAAUGUAUGUGUGUGCUGUGCGCCUGUGUGUGUGUCCACCAGGGCGUCUGUCGAUCAUCAUGCGGGCCUGCAUGAAUGACGACCCAUCGAAGCGGCCCGACUUCAAGAAACUCCUGAACGUAAGACACACCGACACACCAAAACAGACAGACAGACAGACAGACCUAUAGCGAAGACAACCACGACGGUCGGGCAUGUUGAGUGCCUAUCAUUCCACCCUCUUCAUUUUGUUUCACUGCAGGUGUUCGGCGACAUGCUGGAGGAGUGCUGUGACCGUCGGUGCAGCGUCGACCAAGCUUUCCUGGAUGGCUACGGCAACCUAGAGCACCACCUCAGCGGCUCCCAUGCGCUCUCCCUCCGCUCUGCCAGCGCCAUGGCCGCCGCGGCCAACCGCUCCUCCCUAUCUGGUGCGAGCACAUCCCUCAUGCACGUGCCUGUCCACUGAGCGGCCCGACCCACGGCAGACCAGACAGACAGGCAGUGAGUGAGUCCUUACUCUAGGCUGUCUGUGUCUGCCCGCCUGUCUGUGCGCUGCAUGCGACUGACUGACAUAGAGAGGAGAGAGAGGGCAGGAGAGAUCUCUGCAUGGCAUGGCAGAGUCACUGAGUCACUGUCCUGUCCUCUUGCUGCUGCUGUGGGUUUGGUUUUCAGUUGCCUGAUGCGCGGCUUUCACAAGAACCCUCUGUCUACCUGCCCAUACUGACCUCCACAAGUAUCCAGAGCCACGGGGCGAUGUGGCCGAAUAGGUCGUUUCGCGACGGAGAGAGGAGGGAUGUUCAUUGGAGGGAUCAGCAGCUGACAUACGGCUGCGCAUCGUGUCGGUCGUAUUUUGACGUGCCGAGAGAGAUCGAUUUUCGUGACACCUAUCUAUCUCGCGACUGCAGUACCGCCUUGUCUGUGUGUCGGUCGGUCUGUCUGUCUAUCGGGUGUGCUCUCUCUCUACUUGAUGAUCGAUCCAGUCGACCAAGUUGCUGCCUGCUUGCUGCCCGUAUAUCCCCAGCUGCAUUCAUUCAUUAAUAUUUCUCUACAUGGUCCCUUCUGCAUUGCAUACCGCCUGUGUGCAUACUUACGUAUUUUCCAUCCAUCCGCACGGCACCUUCCCUGCAGUGCAUAGGUCGUUCCGUGACAGAGCGCAAAAUUGCCAACCAGCCAGCCAAAGAGAUGAGUCGUGAUUUUCGGUCGGUUCCGUUCUGUUGACUGACGCGACGCGACUGGCCGGCAGUUUGUCGGGCUGGUGCAUCCGUAUGUGUAUGUAUGACUCCAUCCACCUACGACUGCAUGUGCUGUGCGUGUGUGGCGACCUGCCUGCCUCUUUGACUCUUCCUUCCUCCAUCCAUCCGUUCACACGUUCAACGCGUUUAUCAGCC